AUGUCUCCUUAUGCUAAUAUUGGUAGGCCCAUUUCAAGCAUACGCUAUCGUCAAUGUGCGCCUAUGCCUUCGACAAAGUCUCCCAAUAAUUCGCGGACGCCAAUUAUGAUAGAAGUUGUUUCGCAUCUAACUUCACGCCUUUCUCAAUCAUGUUCAGGUCCUUUAAAAUUAAAUAACGAACGGCCAGACCUAAUGAGUAAAGAGUUGCCUCAUGUCGCUCACCCACUACCAUUUAGUCUUGAGCCCAGAACGCUUGGCUGCCGAUUGCCCAUUCCUCCUUUUAGAGGACACAUAGUAAAUAGAGUUUAUUAUGGACUUAAAUCCUUUGGAUUUUUACCAUCCACUAACCUUUCGAUUAGCUGCUGCGAAGCCGCUUUCGCGCCUCCCGCGGUACCAAAGGCUUUAGGGGUUUCCGGCAAUUUGAUAGUGUUGCUCACAUUGGAUUUUAGACCACUUUACACCACUGUUACCAUGGUUACAAGCGUUUCCAAUGAUCACUAG